AUGCUGCAUCGCAUUUUAAUUUAUGCUAGUUUUUAAGGUUCAGGGGGCGUCGUUCCGUGCGUGCUGUUGCAUGCGGCACGCGUUCCCCUAGGAACGAAACUUCGGCGCUGCACGGUAGCAAAUGACCGACCCCCUCUUUCUCAACCGCACUUUCUUACGUAAACGGACCAAACACCGUGAAGAAACCCUUGCUCUUUUGUAACCUUUGGUUUUAAUGUCUUAAUUAGAUUUCAGCAUCUAAAGCGACAGAUGUCAUUAGGCGUCAUGGUGACAUCCACACACAGUGUCUAUCCUGGUUAGAUCGGUCUCGCUAGUCGAUUAAGCGUCGUAAUGCUUACUUGAAAUAUGUUGAAAAGUUAUGUUUUAAUGUGACUGUUCGCUGUGUCGUUUAACGUUACGUGGAAAUGUUCAAGACACGCGAAUUUCUACUUGUAGGGGAAGGCAACUUCUCGUUCUCCGCAGCCUUGAUCGAGAACGCGGGCGACGGUGUCGUUGUGACCGCGACUUGCUUUCAAAGCGAGGAGGAUACGAACAGACAGGAGGGUGCCGCAUUAAACAUACAGAGACUACGAGAGAGAGGAUCAAUAGUUCUGUUUGAGGUGGACUGCACACGCCUGAAGGAGUAUGAAGACAUCAAGCAUCAUCUUUAUGACUGCAUUAUCUUUAAUUUCCCUCACUGUGGGCGUAAAAGUGGUGUGAAGAAGAAUCGCAUUCUGUUAGCGAAAUUUUUCCAGAGUGCUGUUGCAGUCUUGAAGGACAAUGGGGAAGUGCAUGUCACCUUGUGCAACGGGCAAGGUGGCACUCCAUGUGACAGACCAAUAAGAGAAUGGCACAAUAGCUGGCAGGUGGUUGCCAUGGCAGCAGAAGCUGGACUAAUUCUAAGUGAAAUUCAUCCUUUUGACUGUCAAAUGUAUCAAGGUUACAGAUGUACAGGUUACAGGAGUCAAGACAAAGGUUUUCAUGUAGAGGGAGGUUUGACGCACAUGUUUACUCGGAGUCUCCCAUACACCGUGCCAGAGAAACUGAAGAUGGAGAAAACAAUUGGGAAGGAGACAGUUUGUUUUGAGAUUUCAGCAGAGUUGUCUGAGUAUUUAAACAGGAAUUUCCUUGGUCCGCAGUCACAUCAUCCGGUAAAAACUGUCCAAGAGUUGUUGCUCAGAGAGUUAAAAUCAGUUUGGCCCGUAUGCACCAUAAACAAGGAAUUCCCAGAACUGGUAACCUGCCUACCAGAAACGCUUCAGGAAUAUGACCCCACUCUGUCCCACUCAGAACUUUACUGGAUUAAACCAACACAUACCUAUUUAUUUGACCAGAAUGACCGUGAGCAAGUAAACGGUGAGCCUAUGGAUGAUCAACCGAGCUUUACUGGCAGCUAUGCACUACGACCAUCUCUGCUGUUUCAUGUCCAGGAGAUCACCCAGAAUGAAGACUUCAGCCCUGGAACGCUUCAUGCUGUCAGUGGUCUGGUUUUUCAAAGAGUACCUAUUUCCUCGAUCCGUUCUUCUGCUUUCCACCAGCUCCUAUUGGUGGGAAUGUUCCCCUCAGAAUCCCACCCUCUCAAGUGCUUCUGGGAUUCUUUGGAGUCACUGCUCACAACUUACGGUGUCUCCUUUGAGGAGAUGCAAACAGGCCAGCAAUUUUGGAUGAAUUCAAAGACGCUUUCAAAAUUUGGAUGCGUCACAUCACUGCCCUCCUUAGCUUCAGACCUUGAAGGUUCACAGUUAAUUGUUGUCGCAAUAAACUUAGACCAUUUGGCUACUCUGAUCUUCGGCAUCUCUGACUGGCGAUUGCUGUGGAGCGCAGACCCUCGCUUUCUCCGGCAAUUUGAGCUCAAUCCCCUUGGAGCUUUCUGUCCGUUUUCCCUGUACCCACCAAGCUACAUACAUGACAUCAGUUUCUGGAUGGAUCCAGAUAGCUAUGAGGAGCUUGAUUUCCACGCAGUUAUACGAGAGGCUACUUUGGGCGCCGUUAAGGAUGUGGUGUUAGUGGACCGCUUCAGACACCCGCACAUGGGUCAUGCAAGCCUCUGCUAUAGGCUCACAUAUCAGUCACCAGAUCGUGCCCUCUCAUACAGCCAGGUUUUGGGAUUACAGAGUCAGUUACGGAAACUGUUACCAAUGCGUCUACAAGUAACCCUGAGGUGAACUAAAGAGGCUUAAAUAGUGGAUUUACAGAGCAUAUCAAAGAUUAUUUAUACAGCUGUAUGUUUACAGUUUAUAAGCCUAAAUGUUUUAUAUAUGUUAAAGCAGAUGAGUGAUUGUAUACUUCACUUAAAGAUUUGUUCUGCACAAUGCACAGACAUUUCUUUUUUUUUAAGCUGAAUGUAUAUUUUUAGUGUUUACAAUGUGUGUAUUAUGUCUGGUAAAUUACUCAGAAUAUGACGUUAUUCCAGCAGUUUGAUAUUGUGUUUAAUCACAAUAUGUUUACAUAUUGCUAUUUUUAUUCUAAAUUAAACAUAUAUUAAGUUAUUAAGUAUCAAACAUUUUACAUCGUAGCAUCACAGGGUUAUAAAUCUCAGUAGUACAAUGCCACAUCCUCUUGCAUUUGGUGAAAUUAAAAUGUUAGUUAUAUAAUUGCAUAUAAUUUUAAUUCUGCAUGUUAAAGCAGUUGCAGUAAUUAAAAACUUAGAUAUUUCUGAUGCAAUCGUAUCUGAUGGAUGUUUAAAUAUUUUUCUAAUAUCUUGUAAGACACACGUAAGCAUACACAGAGUCUGAAGCUGCAUUUAAUACUGUGAUACAAUUUUCAUAAUAUUAUGUAAUAUUGUUAUUGCUGUAUAAUUGACUGUAAAUUGUUAUUGCUGUAUAUAUAAAGGAAUAAUUCACCCCAAAAUGAUGCUUAAGUUGGAUAUAUUUCAAGUUUAAAUAUAAUGGUAAAGGUUAUUUACAACAGCUAUCAUAUAAGUACAGUGCUUACUUUCGUUCUCCCCUUAUUUUAUGAAAAAAUUUCAGUCAGGACAUGCAGCACCAUCUUCAUUUUUGGAUUAAUUAUUCCUUUAACAUUUUUAUAUUAAAUAUAACAAUGACAGGCAUGAAAUCCAGCACUAAAGGACUGCUGUGUGUAUAAUCCUAGGGCUCCUCGUGUGAAAUGUUUACAUUUUCUCAACAAAUUAAAAAUAAAAUGCCAUA